GGCACCUUUAGCUGUCAUCAUUCUUUUUAUUUUGUUCGCGUUGGCAAUUGUCGUCCUCUCGUGGGUGCCACCAAAGAGCGAACACGCACCUCCAACAAAUUCAACAACUCCUUUAACAACUUCAACAACAUGCUCAUCAUCUAAACCUGUCAAUACUUAUGCCGUUUAUGGUACUAGCCUCGGAGUUCUGAUUUUGACUGGUGUGCUAUGGCAAUUUAUGAGAGGCCGAUUUACACGUGACGACGAAGAGGGACAGGUCCCUGGUGUUGAAAUGGGACAGGUCCCCGAUGUUUAG